UUCAGAUCUGCAUGGUGAGGUGGAGCCAUUCUGUCCUCUAGUCCGAAUGCCAAGUGUAUGACCUGUGGCUACAUGAGUACCUGAAGGAUAAGAACAAUGUUAUGUUGGGGAUAUUGGUCUCUGGGCCAACCUGGGAUCAGCACUAACCUGCGAGGGAUUGUGGCCGAGCCACAGGUGUGUGGAUUUAUAUCGGACAGAAGCGUCAAGGAAGUGGCCUGCGGAGGCAACCACUCUGUGUUCCUGCUGGAGGAUGGGGAGGUUUACACCUGCGGUUUGAAUACCAAGGGGCAGCUGGGCCACGAGAGGGAAGGAAACAAACCAGGUUCCUUCGUGGGAGCCCUCCCUGAGACACCCCAGAAGGCCUGCUUGCCUGGAGCAAUACCCGAUGUUCUAGCCAGGGGGUUCCUGACCUGUGGGCCCUGGGCUCUUGGGAUUUCAAGGAAGGGAUUUGUAACAUGGUCCAUCUGUACACCUUUAUAUGUACAAUGCACCCGAUGCUACACUUCUUCAAAUGUGAGAGCCCUUGUGCAACCACUGAUGCCUCCAGAGGGGUUCAUGGCAGAGCAAAUUGGCGCUUUGGCAGAUCAGCACAUUGUCCAUGUGGCCUGUGGCGAGUCCCACAGCCUGGCCCUCAGUGACCGCGGUCAGCUGUUUUCUUGGGGUGCGGGGAGCGAUGGUCAGCUAGGACUCAUGACUACCGAGGAUUCGGUGGCAGUGCCCAGGUUAAUUCAAAAGCUGAACCAGCAGACAAUAUUACAAGUUUCCUGUGGCAACUGGCAUUGCUUGGCUCUUGCAGCUGAUGGUCAGUUCUUCACCUGGGGAAAGAACAGCCAUGGGCAGCUGGGCCUGGGGAAGGAGUUCUCCUCCCAAGCCAGCCCGCAGAGGGUGAGGUCCCUGGAGGGGAUCCCCCUGGCUCAGGUGGCUGCAGGAGGGGCCCACAGCUUCGCCCUGUCUCUCUCUGGAGCUGUGUUUGGCUGGGGGAUGAAUAAUGCAGGGCAGCUAGGGCUCAGUGAUGAAGAAGAUCGAGAGUCUCCUUGUCAUGUGAAACUCUUACGAACGCAAAAAGUUGUCUAUAUUAGCUGUGGAGAAGAACACACAGCAGUCCUCACAAAAAGUGGAGGUGUAUUUACCUUUGGAGCUGGCUCCUGUGGGCAACUUGGACAUGACUCCAUGAAUGAUGAGGUUAACCCAAGAAGAGUUCUAGAGCUGAUGGGCAGUGAAGUAACUCAGAUUGCUUGUGGCAGACAACACACACUAGCCUUCGUGCCUUCUUCUGGACUCAUCUAUGCAUUUGGUUGUGGAGCAAGAGGUCAAUUAGGAACCGGACACACUUGUAAUGUUAAGUGCCCGUCUCCUGUGAAAGGCUACUGGGCUGCCCACAGUGGCCAGCUUUCAGCCAGAGCUGAUCGCUUUAAAUAUCAUAUUGUUAAGCAGAUCUUCUCUGGAGGAGACCAAACUUUUGUACUUUGCUCCAAAUAUGAGAAUUAUUCUCCAGCUGUUGACUUCAGGACUGUGAACCAAGCACAUUAUACCAGUUUAAUAAAUGAUGAAACCAUAGCAGUUUGGAGACAAAAACUCUCAGAACACAACAACGCAAAUACAAUCAAUGGUGUUGUUCAGAUAUUAUCUUCUGCAGCCUGUUGGAAUGGAAGUUUUCUUGAAAAAAAAAUUGAUGAGCAUUUUAAAACAAGCCCCAGAAUCCCUGGGAUUGACCUGAACUCAACCAGAGUGUUAUUUGAGAAGUUAAUGAACUCCCAGCAUUCCAUGAUUCUAGAACAGAUCUUAAACAGCUUUGAAAGUUGCCUGAUUCCUCAGUUGUCAAGUUCACCACCAGAUGUUGAAGCUAUGAGAAUCUAUUUAAUACUACCUGAGUUUCCCUUGCUCCAGGAUUCCAAGUAUUACAUAACGUUGACUAUCCCCCUGGCUAUGGCCAUUCUGCGGCUGGAUACAAACCCUAGCAAAGUAUUAGAUAACUGGUGGUCUCAGGUAUGCCCGAAAUAUUUCAUGAAGCUGGUAAACCUCUAUAAAGGUGCAGUUGUUUAUCUGCUGAGAGGAAGAAAGACAUUCUUAAUUCCUGUGCUGUUUAACAAUUACAUUACAGCAGCUCUUAAGCUCUUGGAGAAGUUAUAUAAGGUAAAUCUUAAAGUGAAGCAUGUGGAAUAUGAUACAUUUUACAUUCCUGAGAUUUCCAGCCUCGUGGACAUCCAGGAAGACUACCUCAUGUGGUUCUUGCAUCAAGCUGGCAUGAAGGCUAGACCAUCUAUAAUACAGGAUGCUGUAACACUUUGUUCCUACCCUUUCAUCUUUGAUGCCCAAGCCAAGACCAAAAUGUUACAGACGGAUGCUGAACUACAGAUGCAGGUGGCAGUCAAUGGCGCCAACCUGCAGAAUGUUUUCAUGCUUCUCACCUUGGAGCCUCUGCUGGCCAGAAGCCCCUUCCUGGUCCUUCACGUUCGCAGGAACAACCUUGUCGGAGAUUCCCUGAGAGAGCUGAGCAUUCAUUCUGAUAUCGAUUUGAAAAAACCUCUCAAAGUAAUCUUUGAUGGUGAAGAAGCAGUAGAUGCUGGUGGUGUCACAAAAGAGUUCUUUCUUUUACUGUUAAAAGAACUUUUGAAUCCCAUCUAUGGAAUGUUUACCUACUAUCCGGAUUCAAAUCUCUUGUGGUUUUCAGAUACGUGUUUUGUAGAGCACAACUGGUUUCACCUGAUUGGCAUAACCUGUGGCCUCGCCAUCUACAACUCCACCGUGGUCGAUUUGCACUUCCCGCUGGCGCUCUACAAGAAGCUGCUGAACGCAAAGCCUGGCUUGGAAGACUUAAAGGAGCUGUCACCCACUGAAGGAAGGAGUCUUCAAGAGCUUUUAGAUUACCCUGGAGAAGAUAUUGAGGAAACUUUCUGCCUCAACUUUACGAUUUGUCGAGAAAGCUACGGAGUGAUUGAGCAGAGGAAGCUGAUACCUGGGGGCGACAAGGUGACGGUGUGCAAGGACAACAGGCAGGAAUUUGUGGAUGCUUAUGUGAAUUACGUCUUCCAAAUCUCAGUUCAUGAAUGGUACACAGCUUUCUCCAGCGGCUUCCUGAAGGUGUGUGGUGGCAAAGUGCUUGAGCUCUUCCAGCCGUCAGAACUGAGGGCCAUGAUGGUGGGGAGCAGCAACUACAACUGGGAGGAACUAGAAGAGACUGCCAUCUACAAGGGGGAUUACUCAGCCACACAUCCCACUGUGAAACUAUUUUGGGAAACAUUUCAUGAGUUCCCAUUAGAAAAGAAGAAGAAGUUUCUCUUGUUUCUGACAGGCAGCGACCGGAUUCCCAUCUACGGCAUGGCGAGCCUGCAGAUUGUCAUCCAGUCCACAGCCAGCGGGGAGGAGUACCUGCCGGUGGCCCACACUUGCUACAACCUUCUCGAUCUCCCCAAGUACAGCAGCAAGGAGACCCUGAGGGCGCGGCUGACCCAGGCCCUUGACAACUAUGAGGGCUUUAGUUUGGCCUGAGGCUUCCCAGCCUGCCCCAUUCCCCUUCCUUCCUCAGUGUCCACACCGAGGCCUAUACAGAAAAUCAUGGGGAGUGAGUUCUAUUUUUUUAUUGUAGAAGCGGGUUGGGACUUUUGAAUCCUGAACCUGGUUGAGGUGUUUCCGCGGUUGUCAAGAGGAAGCAAUCUUCUUGGAAAAGCAGGGGUUGGGGACGGGGUGAAAACUUGGCUCUUGUAUGGGAGGUGUUUUUGUUUUGUAACCAAAUUACCGAGUGUUCCUUGCACUUGUGAAUAUGUUGCACUCUGCUGGAUAAAAUGGCAGUGAAUUUUUAAACUCUCAUUUCUCAAAUGUCUCUCUCAGCCCCCGUCUUUCCUCACAAUGCUUCCUUGUCCUUCUCUGAACUUCUCAUUCCUCUGCAAGAAUGAUUUUGACUGACCUGUCCUUUCUUACCUGCACAUGUAGAACCUCUCCUCUCUCUGCAGCCUUGGAAAUGCCCCCGGCUUGUUGCAGCCCUACUCUAAGGACUAAAGACUACGGCAGAAAUCCCCAAGUCCAGCAAGCUGAAUCCGGGUCCGUUACUUUGGCUGAACUCUUGAGAAUUUAUAGGAGCCUUUAUGAACACAUCUUGCUUUAAAAAAAAAAAAAAAGUUCUUGAGGGAUUAUCAGUCUCCCCAUGGCCCUGCUUCUUCCUGGACCUCCUUAAAGAUGAGCAGAGCAGCUGAGCCUAAUUGUGUCUUGUUGCUCAGCCACGUCCCUUUGACAAGGUGAGGCGAUAGGUCCCAACCCCUUCCCUUAUCUCGCUUUUGGAGCAAGUUGCAUUAAUUUUUUAAAAGAGAAUGUUCUCCAAGAAAAGUAGGAAUAAUAAAUUUCUCGUCCUGUCCUCUACCACUUUCUCUUUCCUCCCUCCCUUCUUUUCUCCUUUUCCUACUCUUCUCCCUCCUCUACUUUACUUUUCUCUUUGUCACCUCAUCCCCAUCUUGGCCACCUGACUUGAUGCUCCCUUCCUCUCCUUUUAGUGGAUGCAUGCAGUCUAUUUUGUUUUAUUUUUUUAAUUUCUACUCAGACUUGUUUUUCCUCUUCCCUAAUUGCUAAGACUUAAGGACAUUCUUUAAUAUGGAACUUUUGCAUUUGAAAUGUUUGUUUACAAUGGAAUUUCAGGGGGGAUUGUGUUUAAAGCAAAUAUAUAUAUAUAUAUAUAUC